UUGUGUGGUCUUCCUGUCUAAAUAGUGUCCAGAUAGUGGUUUCCAGUUGCCUUUUAAUGGAAAGACUUUACCUAGUAAUGUGGUUCCAUUAUUCUAUGUGUCUUCCUAGUAAACUGGCUUGGCCUGCCAAGCCCUAUUUCUGUGCAGGCUUGUAGCAUUUGACACAGAGAGGCAACUGACUGAUUUUUUGAAAGAAUGGAACAUUACAAGCCGAAGAUGUCUGAAACAUCUGUUUGUCCUCUUAAGAAAAGCAUACAAAAGUUCCCAGGUCACUGAACUCUUCGGGGUGAACCAUAGUUAAUGAAAGAUGCAACUGUGUGGCGUAAACCAUCAGAGGAAUUCAGUGGAUACCUCUACAAAGCUCAAGGAGUGGUGGAAGACGUUACUAACAGAGUAGUGGAUCAUAUUCGGCCUGGACCUUAUAGACUAGACUGGGACAGCUUAAUGACUACAAUGGACAUCAUGGAAACAUUUGAAGAGAACUGCUGUGUGAUGCGUUACACGACUGCUGGCCAGCUCUGGAACAUCAUAGCACCAAGGGAGUUUGUUGAUUUCUCUUACACUACUAGCUAUGAAGAUGGGCUUCUGACAUGUGGUAUAAGCCUAGACUAUGGAGAGGUGAGACCUAACUUCGUCCGUGGAUUCAAUCAUCCCUGUGGUUGGUUCUGUGUCCCUCUCAAGGACUAUCCUAGCCACAGUCUUUUGACAGGCUAUAUUCAGACUGAACUGCGAGGGAUGCUACCACAAUCUGCAGUAGACACUGCCAUGUCUAGUACCCUGGCCAAUUUCUACUCUGACCUCAAAAAGGCACUGAAAACAUAGACAGUGACUUCAAAGCCCAUGCGUCUCUUGCAAUCAAAUUAUAUUGUUUAGCUUAGCAUAGGUUAGCUACUGAGUUAAGAGGUGAGUAACAUUGUUCCUGAGUGAUACCUGAACCUUUAUGUAGAGGGAUCCAAACAACUUUACCAAGUACUUUUUGAUGUGAUAUUUAGCAUACAUUCCUAAUUCACUGCGCAAUAUUCUGUUUCCUGCUCAACACUCUGCAGCUGUGUGAGGAAUAGUCUGAAUCUACAAACCUCUGGCUUCCUAGGUAGAAAACAUAAGGGGUCUGUGUGGGCUUGAAAAACGCAGCAUGAACUCAGCUCUCACCAAUAGUAUUGAGAGUGGAGUGCUCAGGAUUUUGCAGGUGCAGGUUGCUGUACAGGCACAAUCUCAUUGAAGAUGUAAUUUUAUAAUAUAUAUAUUUUUAUAUUUACUUAAAAUCUUUGAUUUAUGUAGUUUGUACAGGUGCAUCUGUGAUUUGUUUUAAAAAUUUGAUUUAUUAUAGGGAUAGCUAUGUUGUUAAAUGAUACUAUUCGUAAGAAAGCUGUUCGCUCUUAUUAGCAAAAAUAAGUAGUCAUUACUGGCAUUUCUUCGAUGUUGUAACUGUAAUUUAAUUAACUGUUAUAUAUAACAGUCUCAGUGCAUUGAUAAAGAAAUGCCCUUACAGCUGAUCCAAAGCUCAUUUAAGUCAUCAAGUGUCUUUCCAUAGUUUUUAGUGGGGUUUUAAUCACACGGUUGUCAAAAUAUCUUCAGUGAUACUCUGCACUUCUAAAGAUUUUUGUACUUAAAUUUGCAUGUAAUUGUGUGUGGGUUUUUUGUGUGUUUUCCUUAACUGAAAAACCUGGAAUUACUAAAGCAACAGAAAGGACCACUAACUUGCUUCAGGUAUAGGCAGUGGUGUAGCCACCACAGCACAGGCUGGUGGUACAGUGCACUGGAGUGUUCUGUGGUAAUACUCCUAGACUGAUCUUUGUAAUAAAUGAAAUGAGCAUCUUAAAACAUGAGCAACUGAAGGGCAGAGCUCAAACUGCAGAGUUGCUUAGAUCUGCUGGAGGGUGGAGGGUCAGAUUUUUAAGGAUAUUGAGCCACCCAGUGAUGCUGACAGGUACAUAGCAGGAGAUGUAAUCAAAAGAUUACUGUCUGUGCUAUUAGGAACCUGAAUUCUAUUUAAAACCUGACAUUAAGCUUUUAAUGUUGGCAUGCAUUAUUUGCUCAGGUGCGAUUGUAAUUAUCCCUAUGCUUUACCAGUGCUAGUAGAGUCAAGUUUAGCUGCAUAGCAAUUAGAGGAAGUACCUUGGAGCCCUAGUAUUUUGGGGCCAGUUCUGUGCAUACAAUCCAGGGAGUGAUAGCGGAUCCUUAGGAAAAAAAAUUCAGAUGAAGAUUGUUCCCCUGCAAUAUUUGCUUUUUGGACCCUGGCCACUGUAGCUGAACUCUGAACAGUGAGGACUUUUCUUUUUCAUUACUCAAGUGGAGUGGUAGAAAAAACAUAACACCAAAUAUAGAGAGGGCUCUCGCAAUGUGCUUCAUGUAUUAAGGCAUUUAAUACUGUUUAAGACACUUAAAAGCAAUGGCAUGAAAUGGCCUUUGGUGUCCUCAUAGGCGGAAAAUGUCAACUCCCUGUUCAGUUUUCUGUAGUCUGCAGUUCCCUUUAAACUCCUUGGCUACUCUUCCCGUCUUUUCUAUCUUCCUUGUUUCCCCCACCGUGCUGGAAGUUUACAGGGUGAUCUUGCCAAGGACACUAAGGAAUCCGUGUCAGCAGACAGACUUUUUCCUAAACGCUAGGGUCCUGUAGGCAAGUACAAAAGCCCUAGCAGUACUGAGUACUGCUCUGUGGGAUGAAUGCUGACAUGAUUAUAGAGGAAGCUGUGUGAAGUGUACCCUCUUUAUUCCCAGUUAUAAGGACUACGUGUAUCGUGAAUCUGCAUAUUCAUGUCUUCUUUUUUUAAAACUGCUGGGACUGACUAAUUGUGGGUUGUGAUACAGAUGUACAUAGAGAAAAAUAUUCCAUUGCUCUCUAAAAAGCACACUUAAUAUCUACACAGAGGCACUUCAGUGCUGGAGAAACAGGUCAAAAGGAGCACAAGGCACUUACAGGAUGAUGUUUGUACAACACUAGGCACUGCAAAAAGAUUAAGAGGUCCCUGUUCCAAACACACGUUACAAGGGCUUUAACGCCCCUAGAAUGUCUAUCCCUAUUUAGUGUUGAGUGAAAUGGCUUUUCGUGCUUUCAAGUGAAAUUAGGCUGAUGAAGCACUGAGCAGUUGAAUAAAGACUUGUGUUUAAAUGGAAGAAAAUUCCUACUGUAUUUUAAGUAUGAUGAUUUUUUUAUAAAAAUUUCUCCAUGCAGGUUUCCUUUUUAUCAACAGAGUGAGUUGUUUUCAGUAGCAGGCCUAGAGAUAGUAAGAUUUUGUGAAUGAGAGUAAAGUUUCUGAAAGCAAAGUAGGUCUUCGAUUUUGCAUUAUAGUAAUUUAUUCCUUAAACACUGAUUAAACUGGCUUUGUGUGUUUCAACAGAUGUAGUCUAUUGCUUCUGCCAGUGAGUGAACAUUCAUGUGAAUAACAGAGUAGAGACUACUGGAGACAGAGAAUGGAGGCAGAUUCUUUUUUUUUUUUUUUUUUUCCAAUAAAAAAGCAUAGUACAAUUCUCCAGUUUUCAGAUGAGGAGAAAUCACAGAAGGUGCUAACAAAUUUUAAAGAUUUAUUUUGGGGAAUCUCAGACUUCUAAAAAUGUGUCUGAUUUAGGACAAUAUAUGCUGAUUAUGCUGCUGAAGCAAUACAUCGCUGAUACCCCUACAGUCAUUAUUGCAAGCAGCUCAGCUAUAGAGUAAUACAGAACUAGAAGAAAGAUGUCCAGUUUCCUGGUGUGUUGUAUUUAUUUGAACCCAAAACUUACUUUCUUUUUAUAUAACUAAGGAUUGAGAGGAGUGUUAGAUCACGAGGCAGAGCUGUUCUUUAACCAGACUACAUUCAGAACCAAGAAAGCCACAAAAUCAAGUACUCAUCUGAUCAGAACCUUUCCCACUAGGGCAUUGUUUUCCUCAUAAGUUAGUGGACAAUCUAGGUGAAGCCAGGACAGUACUAACAGUAAAGCGGCUGAAAGGACAAAGUGCAGGAGCCCAUGUUUUGCUUGUUAGAAGGUAGUGAGAGACAAAGUAAAUUACCUAGUACAGACUUCUGUCAUCCUCACAGCACCAGAAUUUCUGCCAAUUUUUGAGGUUUACCAGUACUUUAAGAGUGUUUUAGUUAAGCUGGAAUAUAGUUAUCUGAAAGCAACUUCUGAAUAAGGUACCCAAGGAUAGCAGAGACCAGUUUUUUCUAGGGAAAUGACAUAUAAAUAGAAACAACAAAAUUAUUUUUAAAUUACUAGUAUUUUUUUAAAAAACUUAAUUUUUCAGGGGUUUAGGCAAUAUGAAAGUCAAGUCUUUGGCACUUUAACUACAUGUUCUCUGUGGAUGGGAAAGGUGGCUAAAGAUAAGAAAAUUUUCAUGUUUGGCUUCUGUUCUUCAUUUAAAAUCUCCAGCAUUGAUCUUGCCUGUAGCUGUGCUCCUUAUUUUACAUAUGCAGAAGAUAGAGAUGGGGCUAAGUUAAAUUCAGGGGCAGUCCAAGGUACUCUACCACAGCCUGCUGGGGGGUGGACCAGUACUUCAGAUAGGUAGUCUGGGAACAGCACAAGCCCUGAUCUCAAAUUUGAUGAAUUAAUAAACAUGAAAAGUGAUAAUUUUUAAGACGUGAAAAGAGUGUAUAAUUCUUCCAGUAGUCAUAAAUAACCAGAACUAUUUUGAUCAUGUGAGCUGAUGACUGAACCUAGGAGGUUCAUUGCUGUAAAAGUAGCCAUAGUUCUAUUGAAACCAGUCAAGUUGUGCCUAUGUUCAGAAAGUCAGUCUGUCUUAACAGUGGUUUUAAUUGACUGUGUUCAGCACUUAAGAGAAUUGUAUUUAUAUUUUGUAUGCAAUUAUGGAAUAAACUAAAACAUGGAUUC